AGGUCACCAUGAGUGCUCAUGUGGGAGCAAUCAAUUCGGUAAACGCUCUGAUUGCCAAGGUCUUCAAACAACCAAAGGGAGACUUCGCAGAUCGACUUAAUUCAAGGAUUACAGUAGUUUUACUAGCUUUUUCGUCUGUUUUGUUGCUAUCGUCACACUUCUGGGGAGAUCCAAUCACAUGCUGGACUCCUGCUCAGUUCACAAAACAAUGGUCUGACUUCGUCAAUCAGUAUUGCUAUGUACACGGCACGUACUUCGUUCCGCUGAAUGAAUCAUUAUCCUUCCAUGAGCAUGAACGAAGACGAAUCCCCAUCAAUUAUUAUCAGUGGGUACCGUACAUUCUUGCUGUGCAAGCCUUUCUCUUUUACUUGCCUAGAUUCGUAUGGAAAUCACUUAUCGCUUUGUGUGGUUAUGACUUGGCAGGAGCCAUACAAUACGUCGAUGGGUUUUGGGCAGCCCUCAAAGUCAAUGACGCUACCUUCAAAGCUAGGAUAGCAGCUUUCGAAGGACGAGCAUCAGCAUACAUCUGGGACGGGCUGCGUCUAGCGCGACGUAAAGGAAGCAGAGAUAUGGGGCUCUACUACACUCUAUCUACAGUAAUACAAUCGCUGAAUGCUUGGAUACAGUUUUACGCUCUCAACUCGUUGCUUGAGUCCCCACUUUACACCCUCUGGGGACCGGCUUUGAUACACGAUCUUAUGCGAGGAGAUGAUUGGCAGGUUACCGGUCACUUUCCUCGCAUUACACAUUGUGAUUUCAAUAGGAGGCGGCCAGCAAGUGUACAGCUCGACACGGUAUUAUGCGUCUUGACACUGAACAUUUACUAUGAAAAGUUGUUCAUCUUCCUCUGGUUCUGGCUACUCUUCGUGGCAGUAGUAUCAACUGCGAAUUCUAUCUAUUGGGUGUUCACUUUAUGUGUGAACACAAAGGCUCGUCGCACAAUCAUCGACUAUCUGGAUACAGAUCCGGAUGGGAACAUCAACCGGAUAUCGACGGAGCAAUUUUUCAGAGUUCUUGGGAAGGAUGGCUUAUUUGUCCUGCAACAGAUGGGGCUCAAUCUUGGCGACAUUCCAGCUAGCUACCUCUGCAUAGCGAUGAGAAACGUUGGUCAGCACUGGAUAGAAGAAAAUGAUGAUCACAACAACAUAGUGGACGAGAAACAACCCUUAAAAAACUUCAAAUCUGUUUAGAUCCUUCAGUGAGAAUGAUAUAACUUCCAAAGUGAACAGUUCGAGGUGUAGAAUCCGCGUGAUACGAAUUAUGAGUUUAAUAUUCAAAUUUAUAUGAUUUGAAUGCGAAGUAUGUGCCUUUACCAGGGAAGUGUCGAGCCAUUUUCUCAUAUCAAUG